AUGAAGACUUUCCUCCUCCCUGGCAAGUUAUGUUGCUCUUGGUUCUUACUUGGCCAGCUUGCUCUUAUUGCUUCCCUAGCUUCAGUUGCAGAGGCUCAUUACGAUGAAUUUACUGCAAGUGUUGGUUUAAUGAUCAUAAACUAUUCACUACAGAUUCAAGCAACGCCAGUGAGGAGGCUGUGCAGAACCCAAAACAUAAUCACUGUCAAUGGGCAGUUCCCAGGGCCAAUUGUAGAAGCUAGAAACGGAGAUAUUCUUGUAAUCAAAGUAGUAAAUGCAGCACAGUACAACAUCUCCAUCCACUGGCAUGGGUUAAGGAUGCUACGAAAUCCAUGGGCAGAUGGACCUAGUUAUGUGACUCAGUGUCCCAUUCAACCAGGGGGAAGUUACACAUACCGACAUAGAAUCACAGACCAGGAAGGGACACUAUGGUGGCAUGCUCACACUGGCUUCCUAAGAGCAACUGUUUAUGGGGCUUUCAUCAUCUAUUCGAGAUUGGGUUCUCCUUAUCCCUUCUCUAUGCCUAAGCAAGAAUUUCCCAUCCUUCUUGGGCAAUGGUUUGAUACGGAUCCCGUGCUUCUCCAAAGGCAGGCAGACUUUACAGGAGCACCUCCAAAUACCUCUAUUGCGUACACAAUUAAUGGCCAACCUAGUGAUCUUUACAGAUGCUCCAGCCAAGAAACUGUACGUGUUCCAGUAGAUGCUGGGGAAACAAUUCUCUUGAGAAUCAUCAACAAUGCACUCAAUCAAGAACUCUUCUUCUCAAUUGCCAACCACAGUAUGACUGUUGUUGGUACGGAUGCUGCAUAUACCAAGCCUUUCACAACUACAGUCCUCAUGAUAGGACCUGGUCAAACCAUCAAUGUCCUAGUCACUGCUACAACCCCCAGGCAAUACUACAUGGCAGCACGAGCCUAUGAAUCAGCCAGGAAUGCUGCCUUUGAUAAUACCACCACCACUGCAAUCCUUGAAUACAAAUCUACUAGAAGCAGUAACCAAAACAGACCAAGACCAAUCUUGCCAGCUUUGCCAGCCUACAAUGAUACAGCCACUGCAACAGCAUUCACUUCUGGGAUCAGGGGUCUUUCCCGGGUUAAAGUCUUCAAAAAAAUUGAUGUGAAUCUAUAUUCCACAGUGGGGUUGGGAUUAAUCAAUUGCACAAAUCCUAAUAGCCCCAGGUGUCAAGGACCAAAUGGAACCCGGUUCACAGCGAGCAUGAACAAUGUAUCUUUUUUACUCCCACGCACCACCUCCUUGAUGCAAGCCUACUAUGAAGGAGUACCUGGUGUCUUCACCACAGACUUUCCUCCCACUCCGCCUUUACAAUUUAAUUAUACCGGCAAUGUGCCAAGGGGGAGGUGGACGCCUUCUCGGGGAACCAGGCUCUUCAAGUUGAAGUAUGGCUCCAGGGUGCAAAUUGUUCUGCAGGACACAAGCAUAGUAACCACAGAGGAACACCCUAUGCAUGUUCAUGGAUUCCACUUCUUUGUAGUUGGUUCAGGUUUAGGCAACUUCAACCCAGAAACGGAUCCCCACAAUUUCAACCUUGUUGACCCACCUGUGAGAAACACCAUUGGAACCCCUCCUGGAGGAUGGGUGGCCAUUCGUUUUCUGGCUGACAAUCCAGGAAUUUGGUUCGUCCAUUGUCACAUAGACUCGCAUCUGAACUGGGGUUUGGCAAUGGCACUUUUGGUGGAGAACGGAGUUGGCCUUUCACAGUCAGUACUACCUCCACCCCUAGAUCUACCCCCAUGUUAAGAUUAAUUAAGUAUCAUUAGUUAAUAAAGUUUAUGUUCUGUUUUACAAGUUCUUGAAGGAUUUGCCAAAUAGACACUACAUCUUGCUGCUGUUCCCAAUACCAGACUUAGACAAUGCUUGAAUGAGCAGCAUGUUAGCGAUUAGUUGAUUUGGUGGACUUUUAAACUUUAUAUGAGAAAAAUAAAAGAUAAAUGAUUUGUAAUCAUUAUAUUUAUCAGUUUAAUAUUUUAUAGUAAGAGAAACUGCUUCAUUCUGUUAAGUUCAUAGAAAAAAUAUUUCAAGACCGGACAGUGAUUUGCAUCUUUUACUUCAGUGGAAGAAACGCCAACAUAUUGCAAGUGUGUAGACGGAUUAUUUUGUACAAAGCACGCUAAACAACCUAAACACAUUACAUUUAGUUUUUAGCAGGCUACUAUGAACAAGCAUGUGAAGCAGCUGAUCCUGGACAUCUAACAAGCAAAUACAUCAUCACAACUCCUUAACAGGAUUGCCUAUUAAUCAGCAGCAUGCACCAACUGUCAU